AUGGCGCUGCUGAAAGUCAAAUUUGACCAGAAGAAGCGGGUCAAGUUGGCCCAAGGGCUCUGGCUCAUGAACUGGUUCUCUGUGUUGGCUGGCAUCAUCAUCUUCGGCUUAGGGCUGUUUCUAAAGAUUGAACUCCGGAAGAGAAGCGAUGUGAUGAACAAUUCUGAGAGCCAUUUUGUGCCCAAUUCCUUGAUCGGGGUGGGGGUGCUAUCCUGUGUCUUCAAUUCUCUGGCUGGCAAGAUCUGUUAUGACGCCCUGGACCCUGCCAAGUACGCCAAGUGGAAGCCCUGGCUGAAGCCGUACCUGGCCGUGUGUGUCCUCUUCAAUGUGACCCUCUUCCUGGUGGCCCUCUGCUGCUUCCUCCUGCGGGGCUCGCUGGAGAGCACGCUGGCCCACGGGCUCAAGAACGGCAUGAAGUUCUACCGGGACACGGACACCCCGGGCCGGUGUUUCAUGAAGAAGACCAUCGACAUGCUGCAGAUUGAGUUCAAGUGCUGUGGCAACAACGGCUUUCGGGACUGGUUUGAGAUUCAGUGGAUCAGCAACCGCUAUCUGGAUUUUUCCUCCAAAGAAGUCAAAGAUCGCAUCAAGAGCAACGUGGAUGGGCGGUACCUGGUGGACGGCGUCCCCUUCAGCUGCUGCAACCCCAACUCACCGCGGCCCUGCAUCCAGUACCAGCUCACCAACAACUCUGCGCACUACAGCUAUGACCACCAGACGGAAGAACUCAACCUGUGGCUGCGUGGCUGCAGGGCCGCCCUGCUGAGCUACUACAGCAACCUCAUGAACACCAUAGGCGCUGUGACACUCCUUGUCUGGCUCUUUGAGGCGACCGUCACCGUUGGGCUGCGCUACCUGCACACGGCGCUGGAAGGCAUGGCCAACCCCGAGGACCCUGAGUGCGAGAGUGAGGGCUGGCUUCUGGAGAAGAGCGUGCCGGAGACCUGGAAGGCCUUUCUGGAGAGCGUGAAGAAGCUGGGCCAGGGUAACCAGGUGGAAGCUGAGGGCGAGGACGCAGGCCAGGCCCCGGCGGCAGGCUGACGGCCCUUCGGCCCCCUCCCCUCUCAACACUGAGAAGUAGUGGACUCCAGGAACCUCGGAUACCCCCAAUCCCAUCAGACUCUCCCAAAGAGGGCGGCCGUCUCACAGAGGCUCUUCUGGAUGGUGGGAUUUAAUAUUCAGGGCCCCUAAAAACCUCAGUUGAAUGAACGUCUCAAACUGUGAGUGCAUGAGUCCUGCUCAGCCCCACUGCCCUAGGACACACCCUCACGGUGGACUCAUGGAGGGCCUCUCAGCAGAUGAGUCUUCAGUCACAGGAAUUCAGUUCCACCCGGAGGCUACUGGCCACACCUGAGGGCUGCUUUCCUUUCACAAGUUGGCCAUUCUGGUGAGUUCCAAGUUGCUUCAUUCUAGAUCCCAAGAGUCACUUUAAGCCUAGGAAUUUGAAGAAUGUACUGGACAUGCUGUCAGGUUUUUCAAAUGCAAAGACUGAGAGAUCAGCCAUUUUAUGUAAUUAUAGACAGUCAGGGACAAUUAUAUUUUUUUGAGUAAUGGUCUCUCCAAAGCACUGAGGGCUCCAAAGAGGAAUUCUCAAUCACGAGGCAAGAGAAUUUAAAGAGAGGGGGUUAUAUCCCCCUGCAAAAACACAGCUUUGGUGUCACCUUCACAAGCCCUCAGCACUUGGCCAGGAGUGAGCCACGGGCUGAGGGUGUGGGGCUGCUGGCAGGUUCCAGAGAACGUGGCGGAUGACCUCCUUGGGCUUGUCCGUGGAAGCGCUGGGUCUGUGGCAGAGGAGCAACAAUGAGGCAACAGCCCACCGUUUGGAGACCGGGCCUCACCUCCGGUGGGCCCAGGGAGGCCCAAAAGGUGCUGUGACAGCCCCAGACAACACGAGCUGUCCACAGUGGAGGGUGGAGUCCUCUGCAAGCUCUGUCCUGCUUCUUCCCCCAAAUAUCCAUCCUGCAAAGGGUACUUCCCGAACACCUCUGCGUUGAAGAUUCUUUGUGAUUUCUCCUCUUCCCACGCUAGUAACUGCGAAAGUUUUCACUUCCCUCCGGAAAAAGAGAGAAAAGAAGCUUUCAGGGGAAGGAGGGAAUGAUUUCAUUGCUGUCCUGAGUCUUCAGUGUGGAGAUAGUAAGACUUCUGGUGCUGCCUGGGCUGUGUGCUGGGGCUCAAACUCUCCCAGACCAGAUCAAAGAUGUUUGAAUAGCCUGUCAGACUUUGGUCCCAGGUUGAAUUCAAUUAGACUUCUGACUGUGGAGACCACAGAACAAUCCAUGUGGACAACACUGAGGGAGUCAAGCCCUCGGAUGAGGGUCCCGGAGCUCUCCCCUCCCAGGGGUGCUGAGAACCAUCAAGAAAAUGCCACUCUAG